AUGACUAAGGUGCCUUAUCAAAUGAACACAAAGGCAAAUAUAUACACAGUGGAUGCCAUGAAACUGACUCCGGCAGAGGCGCAAGUCAAACCGACCAAGCCCGCACCCACGCCCACAACGCCCAGUAGCAGCCCAAGCGGAAAAGAGUCUCCCACAGGAACUUACAAGGGCUGCCUUAAGCCAGCAGAGUGCAAAGCACGUGCCUUCACAUUCACCACAGCCACUGGGAGGACAAUCCGGAGCAGCCUCACCUGCUGCUUCUCUGAGAAGUGCAAUGAAAAUCUAAACACAACUGUGCCUCCUGUUGGUUCCUUGGAAAAUGGGGUGAAUUGCCCAGCCUGUGAGAGUUACAACCAGCACCUGUGUGAGAGCAAAGCUCACAUUGCCUGCACCGGCGCUGAACAGAAGUGCAUCACCCUUGAAGGGACCUCUAUCGAUGACAAGAACCAGAAUUUCUCCAUCAGAGGCUGUGCUUCUGCGAACACCUGCAACCUGGAAGUAAAUGAGCUGGUGCCCUUGGCAGGGAAAGUGUACCAGCUGUCCAAGAAACCCGUUUGCACCGAUGCAGGGACCCUGGCUGCCAUUGCCUCCCCACUCACUCUUCUGACUGCUGUGCUCGGGUUCCUCUUGACCAGGCACUCCUGA